AUGAUUGAAGAGUUUUUACACGAAAACACAUGGAUAAAAUUAUAAGCAGAAGGAGAUAUCCCUUGUCCAAGGACAGGCCAUAGUGCCUGCUCUUUUAAAAACGAAUGCAUGUACAUUUUCGGUGGGUAUUCAGAUGAAAAAGCUCUAAAUGACAUGUAUAAAUAUAACAUAUUAUCUAAAACAUGGGAAAAAAUCGAGUAUUAGAAUUCAAUAAGUGAGAUACCUUCUGGUAGAGCUUCUGCAUAGUUAUGUGCAUACUCUGAAAUGGGUAAGAUAUAUUUAUUUGGAGGAACAGGAAUGGAAGUUAAUGAGCACUCAGCAAAUGAUCUGUAUGAGUUUGAUGUCAAUUAAAAAACAUGGAGGAUUAUUGAAACAGGAAAAUAUAGUCCAUGCGAAAGAUAUGGACACUCUAUGACUUUACAUAAUAAUUUUCUAAUUCUUUUUGGAGGAGCAAGGAUAGUUAAAUAAGGAAAUAAAUUAGUUUCAGAGUACCUAAAUGAUUUAUGGAUGCUCUCUCUUCUUGAUAAAAACUGGAGAAAAAUAACUCCAGGAGGUACUAUACCUUCUCCUAGAUAUAGAUAAGAAAUAAUCAUUCAUAACAAUGGAUUAUAUUUAAUUGGAGGAGGCACAACAAAUGAGAGAUUCAGCUCAAUUUUUAAAUAUGAAUUUUCACAAAAUUCGUGGACUUAAGUUAAUUUGGCAAACUAAAAUUCAAACAAUAAAAAAGAUUUAAUUUUUAAGGGUCGAAUGGGUCAUAUUUGUAUCUUAGAUAAUGAAGAAAUACUGUUGUAUGGGGGUGUUGAUGAUGUAGUAAAUACAGAUCCAUUAAGUUACUCAAUAGAUAAAAGAAUGUGGAGGAAAAUAUUUAUAAGAGGGAAGCACCCUAAGCCAAGGGAAUUCUUUAGUGGUUGUAAAUUUCAUCACUCAAUAAUUAUAUUUGGAGGAAGAGUUGGGUAGAAAAAAGUAAAUGAUUUAUAUAUUUGGAAUAUUUCCUGUCCUACACCAACUAAAAAGCACUGCACUUUAAAAUUAGAGAUGUUGCAACUCUUCUAUACUUAAGAAAAUUAAGGAGAUUGGGUUAUAACUUGUAAAAAAGAUAGCAAGACAAUAUCUGCUCAUUCUUAUAUAAUUAGGCAUCGCUCUAAUAGAUUUUAUGAACAUCUAAAAUAAUCAAAUUUAAUUUUUGAUGGCUGCUCUAAAUUAUUGACACAUAUUUUACAUUUUAUUUAUAGUGGAGAAGUUAACUUUGCUCAAAUUAAUCCAGAAAUAAUUACAGUUUUAAUUGAGUUUAGUAUAAGCUCUGAAAUGAAAUAUUUUUUUAGGAUAAUCAUUUUGCAUUGCUUAGUUACUUCUGCCAACUAAGACGAACUCAAUAUAUUAGAUGGUAUUUUAAGGAGUUUACAAAAUAAGUGUAAUGAAUCUUAAAAUCCAUUUUUUAAAAGUUUACUCAAUUGGAUGGAUUUGAGAAGAAAUAUCAAAUAGAAUUAACCCUCUCAGUCAACACCUACUAGUAGAAGCUAAAAUAGAAGAGAGAGUGACAUUAAUGGAGAAAUUUUUAAAAGUUUAAAUAGCUUUUAAUAAUCUUUUGACUCCGUUUUUCACCUAAAUACUAUGCUUUAUUAUUCAGAUUUCAAUUAAUUGAAGCUAGAUACUGAUACUUCAAACUUUUGCUUUGUAUAUGAAAAUAAAUAAUAUAAGGUUCACACUGCAAUUCUUUCAGCAAGAUGUGGAUAUUUUGAAAGCUAUUUUAAUGUACAUAGUCUUCUAUCUUAAUAAAAUGAAAUGGUCAUUCAACCAUUUUUGAUUCACUCUAACACUUAACUAUUAGAAUUCUUUAUUUUUUACUUAUAUAACGGAAUGGAAGCUUUUACAAAAUUCAAGCUCACUACAGAAAAUCUGAUAAAUCUUCUAGAUAUUACAAAUUAUUUUAUGAUUAAAAGUCCUACAUUUAAUUACUUAAUAGAAAAUGCUAUUUUCAAUGAAGGAAUAACUUUAGAAAAUUGCUUAAAGAAUAUGCAGUUUGCUGAGCAAUUCAAUGCAAUAUUUCUGAGAAGUAAAAUUCUAUCUUUUAUGGUUCAGAAUAUGUCUAAAGUUUUAAAGCUUUAUGAAAAAGAUCUACUUGCUAUGAAUCCACACUUUUUAGUUGAAAUGAUAAGAAUGUAGAAUGAUCAAAUAAUUUCUUAUAAUUUAUGA